ACUUAUUACCUGGAAGAUUGAAACAAUCCACACCUGAAUGAGUGAUCAGAGAGAAGGUUAGGUGGCCUUUUAUUCCAAGGAUUUCACUUUCAUACUUAACAUUCAAUUUUAAUAAUGACUGCAAAAGAGCAAUUUGAAUGGCGGAACCUUCUUCUCAUACUAACAGUUCUUCCUGCCUGCAGAAGUUUACUGGUUUCGAUCCCACAGGAAGAAUAUGAGGCCGCAAGUGGAGGAGAUAUUACUCUUACAUGUUCUUUUAUUCCGGCAAACCCUGAUUUUAACAUGCUGGUUGUCACAUGGGAAGCGUAUCCGGAUGUUGCCGAUGAUCCUAUGAAAACUGUGGCCACCUAUUUUAUAAAUAAUCCAGUUGACAUCGCACCCCCUUAUGAAGGUCGGGCAUUCAUGGAGGUGGAUCUUGCCAAACAAAGGAGCACAUUGCGUCUGACAAAGCUAACUGUACAGGACAGUCGUCACUUCCAGUGCAGUGUUAAGAUACCAAAUGACGACGAAGGAACUACCGCGGCCUCUACUUCCCUUCUAGUGCUGGUUCCCCCCUCAAAGCCUCUGUGCAGGCUCCAAGGAACAGCAGAAUAUUGGCACGAUGUCACUCUUACCUGCAUGUCUGAGGAGGGCUCGCCUAAACCAUCCUAUAAAUGGAAGAGCUACAGUGUCGAAAAUGCACCCAGGCAAUUUCCACCCAAGACUACUGAGAAGGAUGGAGCUCUUUCCCUGUUUAACAUUUCAAGAGAGACAUCUGGAUUCUACAUCUGCACAUCAACAAAUCGAGUUGGUUCUGAAAUUUGCAACUUUACCUUAGCAGUUUUGCCUAGCAGCAUGAACUUUGGAUCAACCGCUGGUAUAAUUGGUGGUGUCGUCGCUGGAUUAAUCGUACUUGGCAUAAUCAUCUUCUGUUGCUACAAGAAAAGAUCCAAAAAGGACAAGAAUGUUGAAGGAGAAUUAGAAUUUUCUGAUCAUCCUGAAGACAGAACUUCGUAUCGGGAUGAAGAGUCUAAUAGUGAAACAAAGAAAUCAGAUUACAAAGACGCUCUUCCUCAAGGCAGUCACAACACUGGAAAAGCUGAACUCACACUAGCAGAGGAUGGUUCCGAUAGUGUUCGAUAUCGGAGUGAGCCAGAUCAGCGUGAUCAAUACCGAGGAAGUCGCGACAGGCUUGACGAUCACCGCACCAGUCGAGAUCGCCUCGAAGAACGGAACGACUACAGGGGGAGUCGAGAUCGCCUCGAAGAACGGAACGACUACAGGGGGAGUCGAGAUCGCCUCGAAGAACGGAACGACUACAGGGGGAGUCGAGAUCGCCUCGAAGAACGGAACGAACGCAGAGGAAGUCAUGACAGGCUCGAUGAUCACCGUUACGGUGGUAAUAGCGAUCACUUUGAAGAUCGGAAUGACUACAGAGGAAGUCGCGACAGGCUUGGUGAUCCACGCGGCCGUUAUGGAGGAAGUCGUGAUCGCCUAAAUGACACCUAUGAGCGCUAGCAGCUGUUAUUUGGUGUUAGGAAAAUGAUUUGGAUAAGUAUGUUUUCUGAAAAAAAAAAAUCUUUUCUACUAUGUUUUUAGUAAGCCUAUUUUUUAAAUAUUUACUGUAAGUGAUUUAGAUUUUCUUUGCCACGUUUAGAAAAUUAUGAAAUUUCUUGGAAAAUAGUUGUAGGCUACUGAAAUUUGACUACAAGUGUAAGCUAAAAUACACCUGUAUUUCUUUCAAACUGCAUGAUGCAUUUUGUUCACAUUGGAUUUACUUGAUUCACAACUGGACAAUGAUUUAACAAUUUACCAAUGUUAUCAAUUUUGAAUAAAUGUGGAAUUAAAA